AAAAAAGAAAACCCAGCUUUCACCCAAUGCCAUUUUGCAGAAAAAGGCUAUAAACCUCAGCUUUGAUCUCCGUUGAUGGCAGAUCUUGGCUCCGAAAUUUUGUGUCACCCGUACUGAUAUAUAUAUUUUUUUUUUCGGAAAGUUUUCAACCCGAUGUCUUCGUCCGAUCAGUCUUCUGGCGCAGGUUCCGUUGCGGAGUCAAAGGAUUCGGUUAUAUCCGACGUUGUCAAGAGCCUCAAACAAGCCAAGGUGUUCCUCUCCCAAAACCGACCUCCUGUCAGCAGCGACAUCAACAGUGGCAACAACAAUGGAGACAGUGGAAACGACGGAAGCAGCCACACUAGCCAGGACGACUAUCAGAGAAUGGAAAAUCAAGCGGAGAAGUUAAGUAAAGAUCUGAUUUACAUAGGAGAAUCCUUCAAGAGUCUCGAGGGCUUCGAGGUCAUAGCAAUUGACCUCCUCAAAAAACUUGUACAACACAGCUCCGACGCUUUGGGAACUAGUGUUCCCAAUGUUUCCUCGCGACCCAAGCAGUUCCAAGCCAAGCUUCGCGCGAUCGACAAGAUUGUGAUGGAGUUGAAGCUCCGGAUCCCGCUACCCUAUAAGUUGUCCUCCGAUAAAUCCGACGCCCAUCGGUACGCACGAGGUGGCACCGAGUUUGAUGACUUGGACGUGAUUGAUGAUUUGCCUGUCUUACAUGUUGACGUUGGAUUUAAGAAUAGCUUGGCUUUCCAAGAUUUUCGGUCAGUAUAUGAGAGUCUUGACCCCAGAACCAAGCUGUGCUUGCUGUGUUUUGCAUUGAUUCCGGGAAAUGAGAUUGUGAAGAAGAGGUUUAUGACAUAUUGGUGGGUUGGAGAGGGCUUUGUUAGCCCACAAGUUGAAGAAGCUGAUGAAGGAAAUGGAACUUUCAAAAAGCUGCUGUCGGUUGAGGAAGUCGCUGAUGGAAUCUUCAAAGAGCUGGCGAAGAAGGACUGCAUUGAGCCCGUAAAUGAGAAGCACAGGUUUGUGGUGGACACUUAUAAGAUGAAUCCUUUUAUCCGUUCGGCGGUGAUUUUUCUUGCCAAAGAAGCUGGGUUAUUUGAUUUUGAUGACAAAAAAUGGAAUCCCACUACCAAUUUUAAGACGUCUCACCGGGCGUAUUUAGUCAAUGGAUUUUCUCAGGAGUUGGUGAAAUUUUUCAACGAAUCGGCUACAGAGAAACGUGGCGCGGAAUUGGAUCUAGAGAAACUGCAAACAAUAUUCAAUGUCAAUGAGCCGUAUCCUGACUUUUUCAAGUCAGAGUGGUUCUCAAAGUUGAAGAAUGUCAAGGUUCUUUAUCUGGGAAGGUGGCAGACCUCAGCUAAGCAUCAUAUUGAAGUAGAGAGCGUUGAAUUCUUAAAAGGGUUGAAAAAUAUGAAACUUUUAAGGUUUUUAAGCCUUCAAGGAAUUUCCAGAAUUACCAAGCUUCCUGAUUCUGUCUGUAAGCUCUUAAAUUUGAGGAUCUUGGAUCUUAGAGCUUGUCACACUCUAGAGGAGCUUCCAGAUGGAAUAGGCUCACUCGAGAAUCUGACGCACUUGGAUAUAUCCGAGUGUUACUUGCUAGAGUACAUUCCCAAAAAGAUUAAGUUUCUCUCAAAACUCCGAGUCCUUAAAGGGUUUGUAAUUGGUGACCGUCGAAAUGAAAAAGCGUGUACUCUUACUGAUUUGUCAGGAUUGAAGGAGCUGAGGAAAUUGAGCAUCUACACAAACACGAAGGAUUUCCCCAAUGAAGAUGACGAAAACAAUCUUCAAAAGUUUGAAAAUCUUGAAAAACUUACAAUUGAGUGGGGAGCUUUUCCCAGCAAUACAGGCAGUGAUCCUUAUCAAGACAAGGGUGAACCACAAUCAAUGACACCAACCACCACAAGUUCAAAGAAGAGAGACAAGAAAAGGCAAGGCGAGAGUGUGGCACAACCAAUUUCAGCAACUACCACGAGUCCUAAGAACGGUGGAAAUAACCAAAAGCAAGAUAAGGGUGCGGCACAACCAUUGACUGCAACCAUCACAACUCCAAAGAACCGUGGGGGUAACAAAAAUCAAGACCAGGGUGUAGCGGAACCAAUGACAGGAAGCACCAUGAAUCCAGAGAAUAGUGGAGAUAACAAAAAGAAGGACAAGAGAGCAGCAGGAUUGGUUAAGACUUUGUCAAAAUCACUCACCUUUAAGCAACGAGGGCGGGGUCCCAUAUAUCCGAAAGUUUUUGAGAAACUAAAGAAACUGGAUCUCAAGUGUUACCCUUCGAUGCAAGCAUCCAGUUGGUUGCUGCCUGCAAAACUUCCGAUGCUAAAGAAACUCUACAUCAGAGGAGGGAACCUCCAAAAUCUCAGUCCAGGUCAGAAGAAUGACAAGUGGAAAGUUAACAUACUACGUCUGAAAUUCUUGAGCAACUUAAGGAUGGAUUGGAAAGAACUCCAGUUGUCAUUUCCAGAGUUGACUUACUUGGAGAAAUACAAAUGCCCUAAACUCACUUUCUUUCCAUCUAAUGAGAAUGGAAUCGUGCUGAAGCCAUAGACUGAUGCUGGAAGGAAAGCUGCUGCUGGAUAUAACAUUGUGCAGUAACUCUAUAAGUCCUGGGAGGAUGACUCAGACUAUCAGAAGUGCUGCUUCUUUUGGUUUUCGGUCAGUAUAUGAGAGUCUUGACUCCACAACAAAGCUGUGCUUGCUGUGUUUUGCUUUAAUUCCGGAAAAUGAGAUUGUGAAGUAGAGGUUUAUGACAUAUUGGCGGGUUGGAGAAGGCUUUUUAGACCAGAGGUUGAUGAUGGAACCUUGGAAGAAUGGCGGUCGGUUGAGGAAGUUGCUGAUGGAAUCUUCAAAGAGCUGGCGAAGAAGCAUUGCAUUGAGCCCAUAAAUGAGAAGCACAGGUUUG